AUGGAGACUAUCCUCAUAGCAUAUGAUCUAUGGGAUGCAGUGGAGAUUGGAAUACAACCACAGCUGAUUAUUGAGCAUGAAGCAGGCUCUGAAGGCACUGGAGAUGAAGAAAGUGAGGCUGAGGAAAUUCCAGUGGAAGCACCUACUAUCUCCAGAGAAGAUAAGAUCAAAACUGCCAAGGCUUUGAGUCUUAUUCAAGGAGCACUAACAGAUGAACUCUUUCCACGCAUCAGAAAUGAGAAGACUGCAAAAGGUGCUUGGGAAAUUCUAAGAAGAGAGUUCAAAGGAGAUAAAAAGGUAAGAGCUGUGAAAUUACAAGCUAUUAGAGCUAAUUUUGAAUAUUUGAGAAUGAAUGAUGUUGAAUCUUUAGAUGACUACUUGGCUCGAUUUUUUGAAACUGUAAACAACCUGAAAUCUCUAGGAGAAGAUGUAAUAGAGAAAAGGAUUGUUCAAAAAUUGUUGAUGAGUUUAAAUAGGAGGUACAAGUCCAUAGUGUCAAUCAUUGAAGAAACCAGAGACCUUGACACUAUUAGAGUUGAAGAAAUUCUUGCAUCUGUCAAAGUCUAUGAUAAGAGAGAGGAUCUACAUGAUGAAAUGGAUAAAUUGGCAGGAACUGAGAAAGAUUUUAGCAGUCUCAGAGUUGGAAAUAAUCAAGCUUCUGGAGCUAACAAAAGUGGAAACUUUAACAACAAUAGUGGCUCAAAUUGGAGUAAUGGCUCUGGAGGGAAUUGGAACAACAGUUUCAAUUCACAAAACAAGCAAGGAAAUAGCAGUCAAGGUGGUGUGAAACCACAGUGCCAAGUCUGUCAAAAGUAUCACUUUGGUGUGUGCAGGCACAAAGGCAAACCUAGAUGUGGAAAAUGCAAUAGGUUUGGUCAUACUACAAAGGAUUGUGACAAUGGUAAACAAGUUGCAAACUGUGCAAAGGAGGAAGAGGUAACCACAGGAACAAUGUUCUAUACUUGUCAUGCAAGUUCAAUUGUAUCAAGCAAGUCUGUGUGGUUUGUUAACAGUGCUUGCAGCAAUCACAUGACCUCUCAAGAGUCCUGGUUGAUCAAUCUUGAUAGGUUAGUGACCUGCAAAGUGAAAAUGGGCACUGGUGACUUUGUUCAAGCCACAGGAAAAGGGACACUAGUAGUUAAGACAAGAAAAGGGAGAAGAUAUAUAAAUGAGGUGCUGUUAGUCCCUGGUUUGGAUGAGAAUUUGUUAAGUGUAGGACAAAUGAUGGAGCAUGGGUACUACAUUCUAUUUGGAGGAAACUAUGCAUUAAUAUGUGAUGACAGCAGCCUUGAUAAUGUUGUUGCCAAAGUAGCAAUGGUUGGAAAUAGAUGCUUUCCAUUGUUUAUGGAAUCUAUAUGCUCAAUGGGAAUGAAAGCAGCAGUGCAAGAAGAUCCAUGGGUUUGGCAUAGAAGAUUGGGGCAUUUGAAUUUUGCAAGCAUGAAAAAAAUGCAGCAUACACAAAUGGUGUUAGGCUUACCUGAUUUCUCAGAAAAAGGAGUAUGUGAAGGCUGUGUGUGUGGUAAAAGCCACAGAGAACCAUUUGAGAAUGAGAAGCCUUGGAGAGCUAAGAAUCCACUUGAGUUGAUACACACGGAUAAACUAAGAAGUGACAGAGGUGGAGAAUACACUUCACAUGAAUUCCUUGAGUAUUGCAGUAAUCUUGGCAUGGAGAGGCAAUUGACUAUUGCCUACUCACCUCAACAAAAUGGGAUUGCUGAAAGAAGAAACAGAACCAUUUGUGAAAUGGCAAGAUCAAUGAUGACUGAGAAGAAAAUUCCUGUAAAGUUCUGGGCUAAAGCAGUUGGUACUGCUGUGUAUCUGCAAAACAGGUGCUAUACCACUUCAGUUACAGACAAAACUCCAUUUGAAGCUUUCACAGGAAGGAAACCAGGUGUAAAACACCUGAGAGUGUUUGGAAGUAUCUGUUACAGUCACAUUCCAUCAAACCUUAGACAGAAGUUUGAUGACAAAGCAAGCAAAAGAAUUUUUAUGGGUUAUGGCAGCUGUGAGAAGGGUUACAGGGUCUACAAUCUUCAAACUGAGAAGAUUAUACUCUCUAGAAGUGUUGUUUUUUAUGAGAACAAAUCCUGGAAUUGGGAAAGCAAGCAAGAUGAAACUGUUUCUGUUCAUUUCAUCUUUGAAAAUGGAAAUUCUGAGAUAGCUAAAACAGAAGAAGCCUCUCGUGAAAUUCAUAGCAUUGAUUCACCAAAUCUGAAUCAAUUAAUCUUAGAUGCUGAACAUGUCUCUGGAAGAAAUGGCAGUGGCACCAGUCAAGGGUCAACUCCAAGCAAUACACCAGUAAAGCUGAGAAGUUUGGAGGACAUUUAUGCAAGAUGUCACAUGACCAUUAUUGAACCUGAAACUUAUUAUGAAGCUGUAGAAGACAAAGCAUGGAAGGAAGCAAUGGAUGCUGAGAUUGAAACUAUUGAAAAGAAUGGAACUUGGGAGCUAGUGGAAAGGCCUACAGAUAAACCAGUCAUAGGAGUCAAAUGGGUGUUCAAAACCAAGUUGAAUCUGGAUGGAACAGUUGAAAACACAAAGCUAGGCUUGUUAGAUACAAUUAGAACUUUGAUUGCACUUGCAACACAAAAGGGUUGGAAGUUGUUCCAAUUAGAUGUUAAGUCAGCCUUCUUGAAUGGAGUACUUAAGGAGGAGGUUUAUACUGAGCAACCAGAGGGGUUUGAAGUGAAAGCAGGAAGUCAUAAGGUCUAUAAAUUGAAGAAGGCACUCUAUGGUCUGAAGCAGACUCCCAGAGCCUGGUACAGUGAAAUUGACACCUAUCUAGCUAGCUGCAAUUUUAAAAGAAGCACCAGUGAGGCCACCUUAUAUACCAAAACUGAUGAAGAAGGAAAAUUGAUCAUUGUCUCUAUAUAUGUUGAUGAUAUAGUUUAUACUGGAAACAGUAAUGCAUUGCUCAGUGAGUUUAAAAGGGACAUGAUGCAAAAGUAUGAGAUGACUGAUUUAGGACUCUUACAUCAUUUCUUGGGAAUGGGAGUUCUACAAACUGAUAAAGGGGUGUUUAUUCAUCAAAGCAAGUAUGCAAAGUCCUUGCUUGUGAAGUUUGGUCUCGAGGAUUGUAAGUCAGUAACAAUUCCUCUACCCACUGGUGAGAAACUAAAGAAAAUUGAUGGAAGUCAGUUGGCUGAUGAAGGUUUGUUUAGAAAAAUUGUUGGUAGCCUGUUGUAUCUGACUGCAACCAGGCCUGAUAUAAUGUUUGCAGCCAGUUUGUUAUCAAGAUUCAUGCAUAGCCCUACAAAGAAACACAUGGGAAUUGCAAAAAGGGUUCUCAGAUAUGUUCAACGCACUCUCAGUUAUGGCAUUGAAUUUACAAGGGACAAGAAUGCUGUUCUGAUUGGUUUUUGUGACUCUGAUUGGGCUGGUAGCGAAGAUGACAGUAGAAGCACAUCUGGAUAUGCAUUCAGUUUUGGUAGUGGAAUUUUCUCAUGGGCUUCGGUCAAGCAAAACACAGUUGCAUUGUCAACUGCAGAAGCUGAACACGUCUCAGCAGCUGAGGCAACAGCUCAAGCUCUCUGGCUAAGGUUUGUGUUGGAUGAUUUUGGUGAAAUGCAACCUAAUGCAACACCAUUGUUUUGUGACAACAUGUCAGCAAUAUCAAUGGUCAAAAAUCCUGUUUUCCAUCAGAAAACAAGGCACAUAAACCGAAGGUAUCAUUUCAUAAGGGAAGCUUUAAAAGAAGGGGUGAUUGAUAUAAAAUUCUGCAGAAGUGAAGAACAGUUGGCAGAUAUUUUUACAAAAGCUCUGCCCAAAUAUCGAUUCAAUUAUUUGAGGUUGAAGCAUGGAGUUAAACUAGUAAGCAGCUUAGGAGAGGUUGUUGAGAGUUAA